GUUCUCUCUCCCUACCGUACCAUGCCCAAAUCCGAAAUCGAUGAGAUCUUUGCCUCCUCCUCCAAGGGGAGAGGAAAAUUUGCGCAAAAGGCUGUCUCCGUGGCCUUAGACCCGACGACAGAAAAGAAAAAGAAACGGAAACACGAGGCUAGUCUUCCAGCCGCCGAGACCAUCUUGGAUCCGUCUGUCCAAGUACCGUCUGGAAAGAAGCGGAAAACGGGUAGAGUUAGUUCGGCCCCAAGAACAAAAGCUAGCAAGGAUAAUACUACUGAAGAUGAGGACAGGUUCAACGACUCGAGAGGGACAGGACCACGACGCAAAACUGAAGAAGGUUGGUUGAUAUUCAAAGAAGACGAACUGGGGAUCAAUGAUGAAGGAGGAGAUACACCGAUGUGUCCAUUCGAUUGUCAAUGUUGUUUCUAAUGUAUACCCUUUGUUCAAUCCAUCGACGCAGUUCGCGCUUUUUGAAGCUCAAGCCUUCUAAACAUCUUCGGCUCUAUCGAAGCCUCACAUAUCAAUUCUUAUAUGAUAUGCAGGGGUCAAUGUGUAGCCUAAAUCAAUGUUUCCUCGAAUACCAUCCUAGUCGUCGUCGUCGUCGUCGUAGUCGACAAGUCCAGGUUUGGAGCGAGCGAGAACCUCACCAA